AUGAAUUACUUUAUACUCCUUUCGUUUUUUGCCACGGUUGUUAUCGGGAAGUCACCCCGUCUGAAAUUUAUAGUGCACGAGCCCUCCAGGUUCCACUUCAGCAGACCCGAGAAUUACAUCAGCAUGUACCACCAGGAAGGAAGUGAUACGCUUUAUGUUGGCGGCCGAGCAAUGAUCUACGUUUUGACUUUCUCUAACAGAGGAGUCCGUGACAUGCAGAUCCCAGCGGCAUCAGAUCAGACUGCAAUUGAUACCUGCAAGGCAAAAGCUUCCCUGGAGGAGAUGGAGUGCGACAAUUUUAUCACCGUCCUUCAGAAAGUUAAUGAUACAUUCAUAGUUUGUGGGACAAAUGCUGGAAGCCCGAGAUGCUGGAUGCUGGUAAAUGACACUGUGCUGACAGACGUCCACGGUGCUGGGCAGAUAGCGUCAGCAUCUGAAAUCUCGCCUCCCUACCCUUCGCAGAAGUCAAUCAACUUGCCUGCAGAUGGGAGCAUGUACUCUGCUAUGUCGUCAGUGGGAGGUCAUGCUGGCUCGAUCCGUCGUACAUUUGGCCCCCAGAAGCUCCUGAAGACGGAGAACGUUUGGCUGCUAAGUCCUCAGUUUGCUGGGGCUGCCAUAAUCCCCUCCUCAGAAAAAUACAAGGAGGAAAUCUAUUUCUUCUUCACCGAGUACAACAAGACAGCCCGAGUGGAUGAGGAGCCAUACAGGGCCCGCAUAGGCCGAAUCUGCACGGUGGACGAAGGCGGCAUCAAAGCCCUGCUGGCUGACUCCUGGACCACCUUUAUGAAAGCCCGGGUCAUGUGCGGUGCAGGAAAUACUCAACAGCAGUACAACAACAUGAAACAGGCUGUUGUCCUGACGGCUCAGGACAAGAGGGCUGGAGUCAUGUAUGGCCUGUUCUCCAAUGCAUGGGGAAGAACAGUGAUCUGUGCCUAUUCCAUAGAAGAUAUUGACCGAGCCUUCGCCAAUUCUAAGCUGAAAGGCUACAGCAGCUCAUUCAGUGGUAAUCGCCCAGGGAUGUGUACACGCAGAAGUUCUUCACCAGCAGACACUCAGAACAACAUCAAAAACCUUGGCGUGAUUAGAUACCACCCAGAAAUUGAGGAUGUGAUCCGUCCGGUUGGCGUGAAUCCACUCGACCUCCCCACAGAUGACCAAAUCACUCACGCUGUCGCAGAUAUUGUCCUGGCCGUAAAUGAUGAGCAUUACACUGUCCUGUACCUCGGAACAGAUCAGGGCAAAGUCCUCAAGGUCCUUCAUACCAUCCAGGACGUCUUCAUCAUAUCUCAGUACUCUCUGUUCCACAACGAAGGACCUGUUCUAAAUAUGGCCAUCGACUCACAAAAGGGUCACUUGUAUGUCGGUACAGCCAUGGAGGUGCAGCGACUGCCGCUGGCUGACUGCAGCCGCUAUGGCAACACGUGCAGGGAGUGCAUCCUUUCCAGGGAUCCAUACUGUGGCUGGGACAAGGCCAGGAGGAAGUGCAUCGCCAUCCCGCCUGGAUACAACGUCACGACUGGAACUCUUAUUCAGAAUCUCGACAGUUCCAACUCCUCCGUUUGUGAGGAGGCUGCUGCACUAAAGCUGCGUCGUACUUCUCCAAGAGAGAUUGUGAUAAAAGGAAAAAAUACCACCGUGUUUCUGCCCUGCCCUGUUCACUCCUUCCACGCCACCUACCGCUGGGAGAAGGAUAACUGCAUCAAGAACUACCCAUGCCUGUUCUCUGGAGACUUCUGUGUCUUGGGCCCAGUGGUUGACACCCCCUUAAAGGAAGGUGUCUUCCGCUGCAUGGCCACGGAGGAUGGAUUCAAGGUGGAAGUUGUUUCCUUCAGGCUGGUGAAUGAGGGAAAGCUUAUAUCUGCUUCCUUUGGCUCCACCUUGGGCCUUUCAGCUCUGCUUGCUGUGGUGACCUUAUGGCUUCAUUAACUAUAGCUAACAAUGAUGCUGUCUUCUCUUUUGUAGUGGCUCCCGCUGACAGGAUAAACAAGGAGUCAUUAUGGAAGUUAGGUUCACAUUGCACUGGCGUUAUGGUUGGGUUUUGCAUAGACAACUGACCUUUUUUUAAUUUAGUUUUUUUUUUUUUUUUAAAAUAUCAGUACAUAAAAUUUAAGCUAGCCUGUAUUUCAGUCUAAAACGACAUAUCGACAGCUGCAGCUGAUUAAAAAGAAAACAACUAUAAAAUGCAGUGAUUAUCCUUCUAAUUUAGCUGACUAACAGUUUAAUUCAACCAUGAUGCGAUGCUUUGAGAACCUUUCUUCUCU